AUGUCGUUUGAGCAAGACAAACGCUCACUGUACGAACGCCGCCGAAACAUUCUCUACCUGGUAGCCAACUAUUUCUCCAUCAUGGGUCUAGACCAAUCUCGUCAAACUCUGUUGGAGGAAACACACCUAACGGAGGAGUUUGAAGUGUGCGACAACAUCGAUCUGGACACAAUCUACCAGGAAUACUGCAGCUACUAUCUGCUGAAGUUUGGAAAGCAACCGAAAGUGGUCAAACGAAAUGAAUCCUACGUGGCGCAACCAUCUUCGGUGCCGGUAAUGCCGCAGCGGAAACAAUCGGGGAGCUGCCGAAAGCGGCCACAAGUGACGACCGUCAAGCCGCUAGCUUUGUCACCGCGUGCGGAAUCGGAAGCGGACACGGACAUCAAGGGAUUGCAAACGAAUUUGAUCGUUUCCCAGCUGGGUAAUCAGCCGAGUGCAACUUCACCGGGUAAGGGUUGCGAUACACAACCGGUAUUUGGAAAAACGACGGAUAAUGGAAAUCCAACGGCUGCCGUAGCGAUUCCGUCUGUAAAACCAUUCAUCAGGCUGCAUGAAAAUUACUCGAGUGAAUGGAAGGAGCUUGCGGAUGUAGUUUGCAGAGAUCUUAUCAAAAAAGACCUUCAGCAGCGCUGGGACCAGAUAAAAGGCCUGGAUUCAGCAAUCAAACUGCUAAAAGAGAGUGUCGUCACCCCGCUGCAGUACCCGCAACUGUUCGUAGGUCUAACGAAACCGUGGCGCUGUGUGCUGCUGCACGGUCCCCCGGGAACAGGUAAAACCCUGCUGGCCCGAACGCUCUGUUCGGAAACCCGUGGCUCGAUUACAUUUUUCAAUGCCACUGCAGCGACGUUGAUAUCGAAGUGGCGCGGGGAGUCUGAAAAGCUGAUUCGUGUACUGUACGAUGUGGCUAAAUUCUACGCACCUUCGAUAAUAUUUAUCGACGAAUUCGACGGGUUAGCUUCCCGAAGGGAUUCGGUCGGAGAGCAUGAGGCUUCCAAACGAUUCAAGAAUGAGUUCCUCUCGUUGAUAGAUGGAUUAGAUAGUGGUGCCGAUGAUGAAAGAGUAUUUUUGCUGGCAAGCACCAAUAUUCCGUGGGAAAUAGAUCCCGCCUUCUUGAGACGGUUUGAGAAAAAAAUUCUAAUAGAUUUGCCAGAUGUUGCAGGUCGAAGGGCGAUUAUUAACGAAUUACUGCCAGAGUCCAGUGAUUGGGGCCUAACACAGAUGGAUGAACUAGAUAGUACGACGAAACAUUUCACUGGAGAUGAGAUUAGGAUAGUCUGCAAAGAAGCGUCGAUGAUGGUAAUACGCGAUCAGAUUGGACAAAACAAAGGAUCACAAUCGGCGUCAACCUCUUCGACAAGGCCGAAUGUAGUUAAAUUCGUACAAUUCAAAACAGCACUCAGCAAAAUUCAGCCGGCUUCGCUAGGAAUAAUUGAAAAACACCACGAAUGGAAUCGAAAGUACGGUAACAGUUCUUAA